UUGACUCGGUUCGGUUUAGUUUAACUUGAAUUUAUUCUCUUUUAUUUAUUUAAAUUUGAUCUCUUUUUGAGAUUUUAAUAACUUUAGUAUACUGUUCAACUCAUUUCAGCUCGACUCAUGAAUUCAGCUAACUUUUGUUCUUUCCUCUUUUGCUUACCAAAUUCAAGCUAUUUCAAGAUCUCUAUAUAUAACACUAGCUACUCAAUCUAAAACUUCAACUUGACUUGACUUAGCUUGAUUUUUACUUACUCUUACUUAACAAACUUGAGCUCUUUCGAGAUUUUUAACGUUUGUUUCUCAAUCCACUUUAAUUCAGCUUGACUCGGCUUGGUUAUGUUUUAUUCUUUCUUUUACUUUACAAACUCAACAUCUAUUGAUAUUACUCAAUCCACUUCAGUUCAGUUCGACUUGGCUUGAUUUGAUUUCAUACUCUCUUUUUUACUUAACCAACUCAAGAUUUCGAAAUUCUAUUCAGUUAAAUUCAAUUCAACUUGAUUCGGCUCAGCUCAACUCAACUCAGCUCGGUACGCCUACAAUAAAUUCCCCCCUUGUCCUUUAGUCAUUUCCUCUUACUACUACUAACCAAUAUCUGAAAUAAAUACAAUCCAUUAUCAACUUGUACCUAAUAAUAAAUAAAUAAUAACUGCACAAAACUGUUUUUUUCCUCCCUAUAUCAAGAAUCAAUCUUCUUCAGUUCACCUUAAAAAAGGGGUUCUUGAUUUAUAAAUUCCAUAAUUUUUUUUCUUCAAAACCCCAUUAUAAGAUCUAAGUAGAAAACCCUAGAAGUAAAAAAAAAAUGGAUUUUGUCACAGCACAAGGAAAUAAUUUCACUACAUCUGGCAACAACAUGGUUCAAGGUACAAACUUUAUUGCCAACAGUACAACCAUGAUUACGUCCUCGGUUCCUCCGUUGAGUCGAUAUGAGAAUCAGAAACGUCGCGAUUGGAACACUUUUUGCCAGUAUGUCAGAAACCACCAACCCCCUCUUUCACUUCCUCAGUGCACUAGUGCACAUAUCCUGGAAUUUCUCAGAUACCUGGACCAGUUCGGUAAAACUAAAGUCCACAACCAAAACUGUCCAUUUUUUGGGCUACUAAAUCCUCCAGCACCUUGUCCUUGUCCAUUAAGGCAAGCAUGGGGGAGUCUUGAUGCACUAAUUGGUAGGCUUAGAGCUGCUUAUGAAGAAAAUGGUGGAAAGCCAGAAAUGAACCCAUUUGGUUCAAGAAAUGUGAGGCUAUUUUUAAGAGAAGUGAGGGAUUUUCAAUCUAAAUCAAGAGGGGUUAGUUAUGAAAAGAAGAGGAAGAGGACAUUAUCAUCAACAAAUAAUAAUAAGUCGAAAAUAAUAACAGUGAUUGAUGAUGGUGGUGAUGGUCGUGGUACAGGUACAUGUGUAACUUUUUGCGGAUAUGGAAAUAUUGGAAAUGGUAAUUGAGAGUGAUCGUGUAGACGAGGGCAUGGUGAUCAAGAGGUUCUGACUUACUCCAAAAACAAUUUCUUAUAGAAAUGCAAGAGUAAUUAUGUGUAGAUAAGAUCCAAUUAUGUGAUCGAUAUGGAUUUAACCAAAUUUAACGUAUGUUGUGGAAGCUUAGUGUACUGAAAUAUUAAAUAAUUGUCUAGUUGACAUUAGUGUUAGAAAAACUAUAUAUGUUAGUUAUAUAGGAUAAUGUAAAAUUAGGACAUGAUUUUGCAUGCAUCCUCUCUAUAUUAUAAAAAUAAUAAAGUGUUUGUUUUUUUGUUAAA